CUGAAAAAAAACCCUUGCCUGAUGAUAAUAAUGUUAAUAUACCCGAAGUUAUUUCAUUAGAAGAUUUAAGUGAAUAUUUUGCAGGGUUGACAGACAAUCUUGAGAAUAAUAUGGGGUUAUACUUUACAGUACAAGUUGAUAUUGCCGAUAUGCCUAUUUUAGUUAAUCAGAAUUUUAAUAUUAAGUUGAUUGCUAAUACAAUCGUUAAUUAUAUUGAAGAGAGUGAUGAAUCAAAUCAGCAAAGAAUGGUUUGUUUUGAUUGCUAUGGAAUGCUAAUUAUACGUGUUGAUGUUCCUGCAACUAAAGUUAUAAUAGAUCUUAAACAUGAUAUUUUUCAUGAAAGACCAGUUGAUGUUACAACGCCUAUAGAAAUAAAACAAGAAAUCAAAGCAAAUCUUCAUAUGGAUCCCCUACAAAUUCGAACAUAUCUUCAAGAUAAGUUUGAUAUUUCAAAGAUUACAGCACAUCAAAUUCGUUAUUGGUGGUCAUUCUUUACUCAGAAUUUUUAUAAGUCUGAAGAAGAUCAUGUUAAUUCGGCAUAUACUUUUCUUAAAUCAGAACAGGCUGCAGGUUGUGAACUAUGUUUUGAGUUAAUGAAUAGUCAAAUUGUUGCUAUUGGUUUUAUAACACCUUUAUAUAAUAAAAUUCAACAAAAAUCUGAAAUUCACUGUGAUGCAACCUAUAAAACCGUGAAAGGACGGUUUGAAUUAUAUGGAAUAAUUUGUAAUUUUGAAGGUUCUGGGUAUCCAUUAGCUUAUCUUAUAUUAGAUACUACAAAAGCCUCUGAAAAUAUUCAACGUAUUCACUAUUGCCCUGAGGAUGCAGCCGCAGAAUUUAAUUUUAUAGAUUUAGAGUUUAAACCAAAUCUAGAAAAAUUAAAUAAUGAAAUUUGCCCUCAAAAUCUGCGACAAAAA